GUCCUUUUAAAAAUAAUUUACAGAUCUCUCUCCGUCUCUCUUUCUCACCCCCGCGCGCGUCGCGAAUCUCUCUUUUCUCGCGUUGAAUAUUUUAUCCUCAAGGGUCCGUCAGAAAUCAAGAUCAGAUCCGGAGAGUAGAGACGAGAGAGAGAGAGAGAGAGAGACAUAGACAGAUCUGCCGACGAGGGGGGAAGAGAGUCUACGCGGCCUUUUGAAUAUUGCAAAAUUCACCAGAAUCAACUGCGGAAGUACGAGUACAGUACGGAGUACUUCUUACUCUCUCUCGUAUUGACCUAUCCACACCACUGAAAAGAAUCUACUCACGGAGUAUACUUGGGAAUCAUUUUUAUUUUUAUCUAUUUAGUCACUGACCUGGGUACGUACUUUUGUCGAGAAGAGAACAGAGAAAAGAGAAAAGAGAAGGAAAAAAAAAGUGUCCUCCAAAAAAUGGCAACGGGACUCGUCAAUUCCUUUCUGGCCGCCAUCCAGGCCAGCCUUUCGGUCUUGUUGGUGAUUUCCUACGGCGGGCUCGCGGCUCACCUCCAACUCUUGACGCCCACCAACACAAAGGCCAUUUCCAAGGUCUGCGUCCGAAUGUUCUUGCCGGCCUUGUUGGUCACCAAGAUCGGCGGGGAACUUCAUGCCGGUUCCGCCGGUCGUUACCUGACCGUCUUGGUCUGGGCCGUCGCCUGUCACUUGGUCAGUUUCCUGGUCGGGGUGAUGGCUCACUUGUGGUUGGGCAUGCCCGAUUGGACCACGGUCGCCGUCAUGUUCAACAACACCACGAGUUAUCCUUUAUUGUUGAUCGCCGCCUUGGAACAGACUGGUAUUUUGAAAUCCUUGAUACCAUCAGAUGGUGGAGAUCACGGUGAAACCACAAGUCAAGCCGUGGAAAGAGCAAAGAGUUAUUUCUUGGUCUUUGCCACGGUCUCUAGUUGUUUGACUUUCGCGGUUGGUCCGAGAUUGAUCGACACUGAACAUGCUGCCGACAGUAAUGAUGAAGAUGAUGAUGAGGAGGAGGAGCCGGAAGAAGACAAAGACGAUAUACGUGACGACGACGACGAUGACGAUGAUGAGAACCAAAACAAUGUUGAUGGUUUGUUAUAUCAUCAUCAAAGUGGUGGUGUUGGUGGUGUUGGUGGUGUCGGUGUUGGUAGUAUGAGUACAAGUAUUGUUUCUUCGAGGGGUGGAAGUAUCGGUGGAGGUGAAGACAGCACGGAACGUACAAGACUACUCAGCAGGAGAACGAGUACAUUUUCACUCACCAAGAAGAGACAAAACUCUUUUUUCCCUUCUACGAGAACCACCAGUAUCAUUGAUUGGACUGAUGACGACGAAAAUUCCCCUCAGAGUCAAGGUCAAAUCGAUACGGACCUUUUAAAACGUCGACCUACAAUGGUACCGGUACCAAGGAGACGAUGGAUCAAAUUGACACCAAGAACAAGAUGGUGGUUGUUGUUCAUAUCGGACUUUUUCAACGCCCCGUUGUUGGGUGCCAUCUUAGGUGCAUUUAUCGGGUUGAUCCCACCUUUACACAGGGCCUUUUUCAACGACACGGAACACGGUGGUAUCUUUACGGCGUGGCUCACUUCUUCGUGGCAGAGUAUAGGAGGGUUGUUCGUACCAUUGCCCGUCGUCGUGGCAGGGGUGUCACUCUACACUGCCAUGAAGGAAGCGAGGAAGAGGAGGAGGAAGGCAGGCAGUACCCACGACGACCACGACCACGACGACCACGACGACCACGACGACCACGACGACAGUGACCAUUCAAACGGCAGUCUACCUUGGGGGACAGUCACGUUCAUCAUGGUCAUUAGAUUCAUCAUCUGGCCAGCCGUUUCAAUCUCGGUGAUAUAUUUCUUGGCCAAAAACACGAAUAUCUUGGGGAACGAUCCAAUGUUGUGGUUCGCCAUGAUGUUGAUGCCGACUGGACCGCCGGCCAUGAAAUUGAUCACCCUGGUCCAAGUCAGUGAUGCCGAUGAGGCGGAUGAGACGAACAUGGCAAAACUAUUGACGUUAUCUUAUGCCAUUUCACCCAUCUUGUCGUUUACCGUCGUCGGAGGAUUGAGAGCGGCUCAAGCGGCCACCUGAGAUAUCAGAGAAUUGUACAAUCCACCGCAAUGAUUUAUGUGUCGAAACUUGGAUUCUCCAUUCACAAAUUAAAAAUGCCUCUCAUUUUGUUUCAAGUGUUAG